AUGACCUCAUCCACAGCUCCUGAAAUCCAGAUGGAGGAGAGACUCGGCGAAGAUGCCCUAAUUCCCCGUCCAUCGGAGAAUAUACCCGAACAAUGUGAAACAGAGGCAGAAACAGGUAAUACAAAGACCCGAAGCAAGUGGCGGAUCGGUGCCACCCUUCUAGCUCUGUCAUUAAGCUUGUUCAUUUCUGCUCUGGAUCAAACCAUCGUAGCCACUGCUACUCCGACCAUUGCUGCAGACUUGCAUUCUGGAGGCGGCUAUGUCUGGAUUGGCGGUGCUUAUCUUCUGGGAAAUGCCGCCAGCGGCAAUAUUUGGGCCAACCUGUCUGAUAUAUGGGGACGGAAGCCGAUUCUUCUGUCAGCUGUUGCACUGUUCUUCGUAUCGUCCAUUGUUUGUGCAACGGCUAUCCACAUGCCCAUGUUGAUUGCAGGUCGCAGUAUUCAGGGAGUAGCUGGCGGUGGUCUCAUCCAGCUCAUUCUCAUUACCAUCUCUGAUCUGUUCAGCGUCAGAUUACGAAGCUUGUUCCUGGGCCUCAUCGAGUUCAUUUGGACUAUUGCGGGAGCCCUUGGUCCUGUACUAGGUGGUUCAUUUACCGAGACCAUCUCCUGGCGAUGGAUUUUCUGGAUCAACUUACCAGUCUGUGGCACCGCCUUUGUGCUUCUCAUUCUGUGUCUCGACGUCCACAAUCCAAAGACCCCCUUUCUGGAAGGGAUCAAAGCUGUGGACUGGUUUGGCAGCUUCUUUAUCUUGGCCAUCUCUAUAAUGGUCCUUCUUGGGCUUGACUUUGGCGGGGACACAUUUCCCUGGGAUAGCCCUAAGGUCAUCUGCCUGAUCGUAUUUGGAGCGUUGAUGUCGAUUGCCUUCAUCUACAGCGAAAAGAGACUGGCAAAGUAUCCGCUUAUGCCACUUGACAUUUUCAAGAGCGGCUCAAAUCUCGCCUGCUUCUUAGUGGAUUUUACACACGGCUUCGCCUUUCUUGGUGCAGAGUACUACCUUCCUCUCUACUUCCAAUCCGCCAAAGAAGCUUCUCCCUUCCACUCGGGUCUCUUGAUUAUGCCCUUUAUCCUGACCGAGUCCUUCACCAGCCUCUCGGUAGGCAUCCUCAUCCACCACACAGGCCGCUACCAAGAGGUAAUCUGGAUUGGCAUGGCCUUCGUCACUCUCGGAACAGGUCUCUUCAUAAACUACACCGUCUCCACAACCCUAGGCAAGAUAAUCGGCUACCAGAUCCUCUCCGGCUUUGGCUGCGGCCUGCUCUUCUUCCCACCCCUCAUCGCACUCCAAAGCAACAUCCCACCCAAGGAAACCGCCAGCGCAACCGCAACGUUUGGCUUCGUCCGCAACGUCGCCAUGGCGCUCUCCGUCGUGCUAGGUGGCGUCGUCUUUCAGAACAGCAUGAUCAUGCGAAGAUCGCAUCUCCGCGAUGCUGGGCUCUCGGAAACUCUGCAGGAGGAGUUUACGGGCGCCGAGGCGGCGGCGAAUGUCCUUUCCGUCAAGGAUGUGCCCGAUGAGUUCCAGCGCCAGGUAAUCAAGGAGGCAUUUGCGUGGAGUAUUCGCAAUAUCUGGAUCUUGUAUACGGCGCUUGCAGCUUGUGGGCUUAUUGCCAGUUUCUUCAUCACCAAGAGGCAGCUUAGCAAGGAGCAUGUGGAGACCAAGACGGGUCUGAGGGAGAAGGAUUCUGCGGCUGUGGAGCAAGAAAGACCUGCCUCUGAUGUAUAA